AUGGCCUCGCUGCCACUGGGACCUCACCACCAUAAUCCUCCAGAUCACCACCAUCUCGACUCUGCCUUAAUGCUCGCCACUGCCACUGCCACUGCCACCGCCACCACCCAACCUCGUCGCACGGAGAUGGACUCCGACAAGGAAAUGUCUGCUGCUGUUAUUGAGGGGAAUGAUCAAGUCACAGGUCACAUCAUUUCCACCACAAUUGGGGGCAAAAAUGGCGAACCCAAGCGGACAAUUAGUUACAUGGCAGAGCGUGUUGUUGGCACUGGAUCGUUUGGAAUUGUUUUUCAGGCUAAAUGCUUGGAAACGGGAGAGACAGUGGCUAUAAAAAAGGUUUUGCAGGACAGGCGGUAUAAAAACCGUGAGCUUCAAUUGAUGCGCUUGAUGGAUCACCCGAAUGUGAUUUCUCUUAAGCACUGUUUCUUUUCUACAACAAGUAAAGAUGAGCUUUUCCUAAAUUUGGUAAUGGAAUAUGUCCCUGAGACUAUGUACCGGGUUCUUAAGCAUUACAGCAAUGCAAAUCAGAGGAUGCCACUCAUAUAUGUCAAACUUUAUACAUAUCAGAUAUUUAGGGGGCUGGCUUACAUCCAUACUGUUCCUGGGGUUUGCCAUAGGGAUAUGAAGCCUCAAAAUCUUCUGGUUGAUCCUCUUACCCACCAGGUUAAACUUUGUGACUUCGGAAGCGCAAAAGUUCUGGUCAAAGGCGAAGCAAAUAUCUCAUAUAUUUGUUCUCGUUACUACCGGGCUCCAGAACUCAUAUUUGGUGCAACUGAAUACACAACGUCUAUUGAUAUUUGGUCAGCUGGCUGUGUCCUUGCUGAGCUUCUUUUGGGACAGCCAUUGUUUCCUGGAGAAAAUGCAGUAGACCAGCUUGUAGAGAUCAUCAAGGUUCUUGGUACUCCAACACGAGAAGAAAUCCGAUGUAUGAAUCCGAAUUACACUGAUUUUAGGUUUCCUCAGAUUAAAGCACAUCCUUGGCAUAAGGUUUUCCACAAACGUAUGCCUCCUGAAGCAAUUGAUCUUGCUUCACGGCUCCUUCAAUAUUCACCAAGUCUUCGCUGCACUGCACUAGAAGCGUGUGCCCAUCCUUUCUUUGAUGAGCUUCGGGAGCCCAAUGCUCGCCUUCCAAAUGGUCGGCCUUUGCCCCCACUUUUCAACUUCAAAAAGGAAAAGGCGUAG